AUGAUCCCAAAAUUAGAAGCAUAUGACGUUGGUCCACACUCGGGCUUUCUCCCUUCGACGUUACCUUUAGAAAGGUUGCCCCAAAAGUACUACAAACCAUGGGAAGAGAUUAUUAGCAACCUCCAAGCAUUAUUAAUAACUCGCAAGAUCAGAGACGUUGUCAAUAAGCUCCCAAACCUCUCUACAGGCCACUUGGAAAAUGAGAGGGAGCUUCAAAGAGCAUAUCAAGUGUUGGGAUUCAUUGCACACGCUUACAUAUGGGGCACUAAUGAGCCGGUUGACAAGUUACCACCACAAAUAGCCGAGCCGUGGAUAAGCGUUUCUUCAAAAUUGGGACUUCCACCUAUUGGUACAUACAGUGGACUUGUGUUGUACAAUUUUAAAAAGAUUGACAAGGAUGGGGACUUUAGUUUGGAUAAUCUCACCACAAUCAAUACAUUUACAGGGUCGAUAGACGAAAGCUGGUUCUAUUUGGUAAGCAUCUACUUUGAACGGAAAGGGUCCUUGUCAAUAUACACCGGAAUGGAGGCAUUGAAAUGCGCCGAAAGGGGUCAGACAAAGCAGCUAAUCGAAAACUUGCAACAACUUGCUGAGUCGAUUGAUAUACUUGGCUCGACCCUAUUGCGUAUGGAAGAAAUGUGUGACCCACAUAUUUUUUACUUUCGAAUAAGACCUUACUUGGCCGGGUGGCAAAACAUGGCUAGUGUGGGACUUGAAAAGGGGGUCUACUAUGGGAAUGAAAAGACUGCGAGAAGCUAUGCUGGCGGGUCCAAUGCUCAGUCGUCGUUGCCGCAGUUUUUAGACAUUAUUUUGGGUAUUCGUCAUUUUGCAACUGGCGAUCUCACUGCUGACAAUUCGUUUUUGAAUGAGAUGAGGCAAUACAUGCCAAAGAAGCACCGUGAAUUCCUCGAAGCUUUGGAGCCGUAUACGUCCACGAUUAGGGACUUUGUCAGCUCUCAACACAAUGAGGAAUUGACUUUGGCUUACGAUGCAUGUUUGGCAAUGUUGAAAUCGUUUAGAGACAAGCACAUACAAAUAGUGACAAGGUACGUUGUCCUUCAAGCAAAGAAGGUGAACAAGAUGGGAUCAGGCUCGACGUUGAGAUCAGGCUUAGCUAGACUGAAACAAGGAGAAGAAAAGGGAACUGGUGGUACUUCUUUGCUUCCCUUUUUGAAGCAAUGCAGAGAUGAAACGGGUAAUGCAGCUGCUGGUAGCUGGGGUAAGAGGAUACUCACCGAUGGUGUGUUGCGGUUAAAGUAUUCCAAGCCCAACGGUAUUAACGAGGAUUAG